AUGGCUACCCCCAGUGUCCUCACUUUUUACGCCGAGCGUAGGGCCAUUGACUUUGAGGUCUGGGUAGACGACCUGCAGCUGUUCUUACAGUGCGAUAGGGCAGACGGCCUCUCUCUCUUUGACCUUACCUCUGGCGCUUCCCCUGCCCCUGCUGCUGAUGCUGACGCCACUGUUUGCUCCCAGUGGGCCACGCGCGACGCUGCUGCACGUCUUGCUGUGCGUCGCCACCUCCCUACCUCCAAGCGUGCACACUUUAGUCAGUACAAGAGUGCUCAGACCUUGUACGACGCUGUAGUCGCGCGCUACUCCUCCCCUGCCACUGCUGCACUCAGCCUCACUCGCCUUCCUGACUCCCUUCGAGUAGUCAGGGACCACUUUCUCUCAGUCUGUCCCACCACACACACUGUCGACCUCCUCAAGAAGACCCUCUUAGCAGCGGAGAAGAGUAUAGUCGCUGUAGGAGCCUCUCGAGGUGACCCGCGCACCCCCAUCUUUGAGGGGUGUUCUCCCUCCCCCCUGCUGCCCUCUGUUGCCUCUGCUGCUAUGGCCGACCUCCUUGGUCUUGAGUCGGUCGGUGCGGCGUCUGCCCCUAGCAGGAGACGCCGCCCUGGCAAGGGCAAGGGGGGCAAGGGAGCUGGAGGAGCGGGCGGUGGAGGUGGAGGUGGAGGCGGUGGGGGUAGUGGGGGUGGCGGUGGGAGUGGAGGUGGGGGUGGGGGGGUCGGUGGCGGCAGUGGAGGCGGAGGCGGCGGCGGCGGUGGCGGUGGGAGCGGAGGUGGCGGAGGAGGCGGCGGUGGAGGCAGCGGCGGAGGCGGCGGCAGUAGCGGAGGCGGCGGAGGCGGUGGGGGUGGCGGUGGAGCUGGUCGCGGGUCUUCGCAGAGGAGUGGCUCCGGUGGUUGCUCGCGCCAGCAGCAGCAGCGCGGUCGUGAGACCCUGUCCCCUCAGCAGCUCUGUGAGUGGUACACUGCACGCCAGCGGGGUGGGGGUUUUGGUCCGUGCACCUACGUCCUGCGCACCGGCGACCGUGCGGGUGAGCAGUGUGGGGGCCCGCACCCCACCCAGCGCUGCUUUGGCCGCCUGACGGACGCGUGGCAUCACCAGUUCCCGGAGGCCUCAGAGAUUCCUCGCUGGGGCGAGCUGUCUAGGGCGGGUGUUGUCAUCUUUCAUCUUGAAUUUGAUGCUAUUCUCUCUGUCAUGUAUGCUGUGUCUAAUAGUGAUGAGGGUGACUGCUACCGCUGUUUCCCGCCCGAUCCGGGCAUUGAGGCUGCUGCCCUAGGUGCUUGCGACGCUGCUGCUCUAGGUGCUAGUGUGUCUGCGUCCUCAGGUACUGGUGAGUCUGCGCUCUCAGGUACUACGUCGGCUUUGGCCUCCCUCACCUUCACCCUUGACUCUGGGGCGUCUCGCUCCUUCUCUCGGGACCGCACCACACUCACGCCGCUCAGUCGGCCGGUUGCGAGGUCUCUGGCUGACCCCUCCGGGGGUCCUGUACUGUCUCGCUUCUCCACAGUCCUCCCGUGUCCAGCGGCUCCCUCUGGCACCCUGUCUGGUCUUUACCUCCCCUCGUUCUCGACGAACCUGGUGAGUGGUGCUGACCUACAGGAUGCAGGUGUCCACCAGUUCACUCCUGCGCGUCACCGAGGGACACACUGCACGGAGGCUAGCACAGGCCGACACCUGGCUACGUUCACCCGUCAGCCGGGGUCGAGCCUGUACAGUCUGACCACUGCGUCUCCUCCAGUUGCUGAGUCUGGUAGGGUAGCUGCGUCGGGUCAGGUGUUUGCUGCGACGUCCUGGUCUGGUCCUGAGUCUGCCCCCUGUUCGUGUCGUCUCCUGUCUUACGAGACUCUCCUCUGGCACCAUCGCCUUGGCCACCCCUCUCUGCUUCGGCUCAGAGGCAUGGCCUCUCAUCUUCUUGUGUCUGGUCUCCCCCGGUCCCUCCCUCCCCUUCCUCAGGGCCCUGGCCCUGCCUGUGUCCCCUGUGUCGAGGGGCGCCAGCGUGCUGCCCCUCACUCCUCCCAGUUUCCUUCGACAGAGGCCCCGUUGCAGACGCUUCACAUGGACGUGUGGGGCCCAGCCCGCGUCUGUAGACAGAGUCACGAGCGCUACUUCCUGCUCGUUGUUGACGACUACUCGCGUUACACCACAGUCUUCCCCUUGCGCACCAAGGGUGGUGUCACUGAGGUACUGAUCGAUUGGAUCUGCGCAGCUCGUCUCCAGCUCAGGCAGAGCUUUGGCUCGGACUUCCCUGUUGUGCGUCUGCACUUGGACAGAGGCGGAGAUUUCUCCUCUUGCCUUCUGCGAGCCUACUGUCGUGCACGAGGCAUCCGUCAGACCUUCACGCUUCCGGACUCACCGCAGCAAAAUGGGAUUGCUGAGCGCCGCAUUGGCAUGGUCAUGGACGUCGCUCGUACGUCUAUGAAGCAUGCGGCUGCCCCCCAUUUUCUGUGGCCAUUUGCGAUGAGGGCGUUUGUCCGCGACUUGUCUACGGACAAGCUGUCCCCUCGUGCUGCUCCUUGCGUCUUCCUGGGGUUCCCCCCUGACGCGCCUGGGUGGCAAUUCUACCACCCCACCUCUCGGCGUGUUCUGUCCUCCCAGGACGUCACGUUUGACGAGUCGGUCCCCUACUACCGCCUCUUCCCCUACCGCACUCCGUCCCUCCCCCCACCCCCACUCUUCCUUAUACCAGACGCAGUCGAGCCUGUCGAGGUCACUGUUGACUCUGGUGCUGCUGGGGGUGCUGAGCCUGGGGGUGCAGGACCUAGGGGUACGGAGUCUGGUGGUGCUGAGCCUCGGGGUGCUGCGUCUUGGGGUGCUGAGCCUGGGGGUGCUGAGCUUGGGGGUGCUGCGUCUGGGGGUGCUGAGACUGGGGGUGCUGAGCCUCGAGGUGCUGCGUCUUGGGGUGCUGAGCCUGGGGGUGCUACGCCUGGGGGUGCUGAGCGUGGAGGUGCUCCGCCUGGAGGUUCUCCGGGUGCUUCUUCUCGCCGGGAGCCACUCUCUCCACAGGAGCUGCGCGAGUGGUUUGCCCGGCGCUGGCGCCGUUUUGCUGGUGCUGGAGGUUCUUCAGCUGCUGAGGGUGCUGCGGUCGCGGGUCCCGGAGGUGCUCGUACUGAGAGUACUGGAGCUGCUGGGCCUGCGGGUUCGACUAGAGCUGGUGCUGCUGAGGGUAUUGGUGCUGAGACUACUACUAGCGGUCCUGCUGGGGGUGCUCCUGGUGCUGCUGGAGGUUCUCGAGCUGCUGGAGGUUCUGCUGGGGCGGUUGCUCCUGCUGAGGGUACUGGUGCUGUCCCUGUUGCUUCUGGCGUCGCCACGCGGCCUCGACCGUACUUUUCACAGCUACAACCUGCCUCCCCUUUGCCUGCUCCUUCUCCCUACGCUGGUCCUACUGGAGGUCUUACUGAGCGUCGUGAGCCUGCGUCUCGUCCUGCGUCGCCUGUUCGUGCUGCUCGCGCUAGUGGUCGCGGUCCUCGCCAGCGUCCUCUUCCUGUCCCUGGCAUGCAACGGAUGUCUCUGCGUCCGUCUACUGCUCCUCUGCGUGCCCCUUUGCCUUCCCCUCCUGAGUCCUCUCUUCCCGCUCUUGCCGACCCUGAGUCGGACUCUCUUCGUGCUGCCAGUCCUGCUGUCACGCGUCUCUUUGCUACUGUUGUCACUGACCCUUCCUUCGAGUCUACUGCUGCGUCUGCCCUAGUUGCUGAGCUCGUCGACUUGGCUGCUCGUUGUCGCCUAGACUACGCUGCUAGUCUUGUCGCUGAGUCUGAGUCUGUCUGUCCUCCGUCCGUCGGGGGUGAGUCUGCUCUUGGCACGGACGUCCUUGAGGAUAGGCAGGAGGAGUUCCAGUGUCUGGCGGCUGCUUCACCUCAUCUCGUGUCCGUAGUGCUUACCCCUGAGGGAGACCCGGAUGCACUUGACAUCCCGACUCCGCGCUCUUACACGGAGGCGAUAGAGGGUCCCUACUCCUCUAAGUGGCAGGCAGCUAUGGAUGCAGAGAUGGCUUCCUGGAAGUCCACAGGCACCUACGUUGACGGUGUCCCCCCUCCUGGGGCGAACAUCGUCAGUGGCAUGUGGAUCUUCAGGGUGAAGCGGCCGCCGGUUUCUCCACCUGUCUUCGAGGCGCGUUACGUGGCUCGUGGUUUCAGCCAGCGGUAG